AUCAGCACUACUAUACAAACUCACACCGAAGGGGGAAUUUUACAUUUGGAAGAGACGGAGUCCCGAGUUAAGGACUCAUCUACUACUCUCCCCAAUAAAGAGAUAAAAAAGAGAAGUUCCAAAUCUAGGCCUAGCUCCAAAGGAGCCACUUCCAGCAAAUCAGUAUUAUGUAAUAAUGAGCUCCACUCUCGCAUACCCGAUUUAAUACUUGCUAAUAGCUCAACAUUAGUUAAUAUCAGUGGGGGUGAUAUGACCUCAGAAAAAUUGGAUGCAUCAUAUGAGCAAAAAAUUAAAAGAAAUGAAGAGUUUAAAUCAAAGUUGACGCAUGUAGUGAAAUAG